AACUCAACACCAACAGAGCUCCGGUCUCGGAAAAAUUGAGAGCGAGAGAGAGCAACAACGGUCUCUGAAAUAUUUAGAGAGAGAGAGAGAGCAACAAAACUAGAGAGAGAUAGAGAGAUUUGGCAUCAGAGAAUGAGUGGGAGCAGUAAAAAAUUGGUGGAUGCUGCUGCAAAGGCCUCAAAAACCAUAGACUGGGAUGGCAUGGCCAAGCUUCUGGUCACUGACGAAGCCAAGAAGGAAUUUGUUAACCUUCGCCGUGCAUUCGAUGAAGUUAACACAACUCUCCAGACCAAGUUCAGUCAAGAGCCUGAACCAAUAGAUUGGGAAAAAUAUAGGAAAGGGAUCGAUUCUCACUUGGUGGACAUGUACAAAGAGGCUUAUGAAAGUAUUGAGAUCCCCAAGUUUGAAGACACAGUUACUCCACAAUAUAAACCUAAAUUUGAUGCAUUGUUGGUGGAAUUGAAAGAAGCAGAAGAGCAAUCUGUCAAGGAGUCCAAGAGGUUGGAAAAGGAAAUUGCAGAGGUCCAAGAGUUAAAGAAAAAGAUCAGCACCAUGACUGCAAAUGAGUACUUUGAGAAGCACCCAGAACUCAAGAAGCAGUUUGAUGACGAGAUCCGUAAUGACUACUGGGGUUACUGAGUGUUUGGCAGGCCUCACAGGGGGGUUGACUGCCACUCUUAAGUAAUUUUGUGUGCUUUUCUCUGUUCUCUCCUCCAUUGACUAUUUAAUCCCUUUUUUCAAAAAACAAAAGAAAAAAUCCAAUCUCUGCUGAAUAAGAAUUUAUCCCCUUUAGUCUUGUAUUGUGGAUGCCCUUUAGUCUUGUAUUGUGGCUAGUUUGUCAUCUCUCCUUUGGGGGGGAUGAAACCACAAUAUUUGGGUUUUGGGAACAGUUAGGAAUAAUCAAAGGAGAUUUCAGUUGAACACUUUCUUUUCCCUCACUUUGCCUUCAAAUUGAUAACUCAUUUUCUGUGACGUAGGGGUUUUCAUUUAAUGUCAUGUUCUGGAUAAAAAAACCACCGAUUUGGAAAUGUACUAUGAGCCCAAUGGGCAGAAAAGAAGAGGUAUUUUUUACAGAACAAAGAACUUUUCUUAAUAGAAAAGCGCAUGAAUAUCAUUUU